CACGCAGACACGCUUUAGUCAGAGCCCUCUCUCUCUCUGCUUCAAGUUUCCAAAUUUUCCCCCUUUUCCUUCUCGUCUCUUUGUUUUUCAUCACAAUUCUCAAUUCUGAUUUUUGAGAAACCAAUCCAUUUUUUUUUCUCUGAAGAUGGUUGUGAAAAGUAAGGGAAUUCCAUUGGCGACGCUUUUACUCAUUUUGUUCCUUUCUGCCAUUUUCCCAACAUCUUUCUCGAAUCAGGUUCUCAACUCCAAGAAACCAAUACCUUCAAGCUCUGCUUCUUCCCUUGGUUCCUCUGUUGCUUUUCAGAUUAAAGGAAAUGUAUAUCCACUUGGGUAUUACACGGUGAGCCUCGCCAUUGGCAAUCCCCCUAAGGUUUAUGAUCUUGACAUUGACACCGGUAGUGAUCUCACUUGGGUUCAGUGUGAUGCACCAUGCAAAGGUUGCACCCUACCUCGCAAUCGACUUUAUAAACCCCAUGGCGACCUUGUGAAAUGUGUGGAUCCCUUGUGUGCUGCAAUCCAGUCAGCACCAAACCAUCACUGUGCUGGACCAAAUGAACAAUGUGACUAUGAGGUUGAGUAUGCAGACCAAGGAUCAUCUCUCGGUGUGCUACUCCGAGAUAAUAUUCCCCUUAAAUUCACUAACGGGUCUUUAGCACGCCCUAUGCUGGCCUUCGGGUGUGGAUAUGAUCAAACGCAUCAUGGUCAAAAUCCCCCACCUUCCACAGCUGGGGUUCUUGGCCUUGGAAAUGGCAGAACAAGCAUUUUGUCUCAGCUUCACUCUCUUGGCCUAAUUCGCAAUGUUGUAGGCCACUGCUUAAGUGGGAGAGGAGGAGGCUUUUUAUUCUUUGGAGAUCAACUCAUUCCCCCAUCUGGAGUUGUUUGGACACCCUUAUUGCAGAGUUCCUCCGCACAACACUAUAAAACAGGUCCAGCUGAUCUGUUUUUCGAUAGAAAGACUACUUCUGUGAAGGGUCUUGAACUUAUCUUUGAUAGUGGGAGCUCCUACACAUACUUCAAUUCCCAAGCUCAUAAAGCUCUUGUUAAUCUGAUAGCUAAUGAUUUAAGGGGAAAGCCAUUGAGUAGAGCAACUGGGGAUCCAUCACUACCAAUUUGUUGGAAGGGUCCAAAGCCUUUCAAAUCUCUACAUGAUGUCACUAGCAAUUUUAAGCCACUACUACUGAGCUUCACAAAAUCAAAGAAUUCUCCGCUGCAGCUACCACCAGAAGCUUAUCUAAUUGUCACUAAACAUGGCAAUGUCUGCUUGGGAAUUCUAGAUGGCACUGAAAUAGGACUAGGAAAUACUAACAUAAUUGGAGAUAUCUCUUUACAAGAUAAGUUAGUGAUUUAUGACAACGAGAAACAACAGAUUGGAUGGGCCUCUGCCAAUUGUGAUAGAUCUUCCAAGUCAUAAAUCAAUCUAAUGUAAUUUUUUUCGUUAGCUGAGACUGUCGAUAGGGCUUUAUCAGCAGGAAAUCUUAGCAAACUGGUGCCCUGCAACUUAUGUUAUAGAUUAUCAAUGAGUUGUCAAGGCAAGGAGGGUUAGGAUGUAAAAUGGUUGGGAUAGCAUAUAUGAUUUACUAUACAGAUUUUCAUUUACUAUAAUAACUUUGUUUCUUCUUUUUUUU